AGGUCAACCAAGGGCUUAACUGCGGUUAAAACCGAUAGAUCGCUUGGAAUCGGUUAUAGUAGCUUAGACCCUAACGUAAAGAAAUUUGGGGCUUCAAGAAGCAAGAGAGAGUACUGACAUUUUUUGACAAAUGACAACCAAAUCAUAACAAAAAUAAAAAUAGACCAAAAAGGCAUAAAAACAACUCGGAAAACCUCAAAAAAUUACUGGAACCGUAAUAACUUCAAUAAAUCAAUAGACAUUUAUCCACGAAACCCAUCACUUUAAUAGAGCAACUACAAUGGGUUUAUUUGGGAAAUCAGAACGGAAUCCAAAAGACAUGGUAAACGAAUGGAAUCACAAGCUUAGAAAAGAGGGUUAUCAGUUAGACAGACAGAUAACUUCCAUCAAACGAGAAGAGGAAAAAGUUAAGAGGUCACUAAAAGAAGCAGCAAAGAAAGGUGAUAAGGACACCUGUACAAUACUUGCAAAAGAAAUAAUCAGAGCAAGAAAAGCCAUAAAUAAAAUCUAUACAUCAAAGGCUCACUUGAACUCAGUUAUGUUGCAAAUGAAAAACCAGUUGGCCACUCUGAGAGUGGCUGGUUCCCUUCAGAAGUCAACUGAAGUUAUGCAGGCAAUGCAAACACUCAUAAGGGUACCUGAAGUUGCGAGGACCAUGCAGGAUAUGUCCAAAGAAAUGAUGAAAGCAGGAAUAAUAGAAGAAAUGUUGGAUGAAACCUUUGAAGAUAUUGAAGAUUCAGAAGAAAUGGAGGAAGCAGCACAAAGUGAAGUAGAUAAAGUUCUAUUUGAGAUUACAGAGGGCAAAAUUGGUGAAGCUCCUUUACCACCAUCAGAACCAGCAGAAAAAGUCAAGCAGGCAGAAGGAAAUGCUGGAGAAGAAGAAGAUGAGGGUGAGCUGGAAGAGAUGCAGAGUAGGUUAGCUGCAUUAAAAUCUUAGGCUUGGGUGAGAGGCUUGCAAUAACAGGAUGCCGGCAUAGGACUCGUUAGGAACAUUUUAAAAUGCCCAGAGCGUUUCUACUAUUGGAGAAACUUGUGAUAAUGUAUUAUAUAUGUUAAGAAAACAAAAGUUUUAAAUAUUUCGUUCAGUAUUGCUCUCUGGCAACCAUAAUAAUAUGUAGAUAAUAUAUAUAUUAAAGUCUGUCGGUUUUCCUGGCUUUUUUGCAUAAGUUACAGAGAUUUUUAAUUACAAAACUAAAAUGUUGCUUACAUAGUAUUAAGAUAAUCUCAUUCACAAGAUUUAUUGAUAUUUUCUAAUAUAAUAUUAGUGCACCUACCUAUGUGAACGCCUAAUUUCGAAAACAUAUUCGUCAUGAUGAACUGUUCGCCUCCUAAGCCCGCCUCAAGAGCGCCCUGAAGUGGAAAAUCACUGGAUAUGGGCAUUUUCUUAACAAGAUCUUUUGGAUCUAAAUUCGAGGGUAACAGUUCCACCAAGUCUGGUUUGUGUGUUGUAAGACAUUGCCAUAUUACAAAAUAAUUUUCGUAAUUUGAACGGAAAGCUUAAAAAAAAUAAUUAGGUAAACAGUUUUAACCAAAAAUGCAUUAAAUAUAUUAGUAUUUUAUAAUACAUGUAUAUUUCCUUUAUAGAUUUAGUGUUAAUUGUUGUUUAUAUUUUUUGCUUUUGUACAAAAGAAUGUGUAUAUUUUUUGGCUUUAACUUAAUAUAUUGUUUAUUUAUUUAAA